CACACACUGGUGCGCCUUCAUGCCGAUGAGAGCUUCUCCGGCACCACUCCCGUGUUCACAUACAUUUGGCGCCGAGCUGGAGCAAAAUGGAAGUUAAAUGGCUGAUAAACGGAGUUGUUUAGUGCGUCUCACGGGGACAAGAAUGUCCCAGAAAAGGGACUUGAACUCUUACCCAGAUGGGUACAGGGCACUUAAUACCAGUGAACUACAGGAGCUCCUACAAGAUCAAGACAAAAUGAAUCAGGUCGCGCGACUCAGUGUAAAGUUCCAGGAGCUACAGCUGGACAGAGAAAUGUUGUUAGUGACCAAUCGUAGUCUUGCUGAAGAGAGCCUGUCACACCGCCCGCACCUCCAGAAUGGCAAGCUCCAAUUGGCUGCAAAGUACGAGAAGCUGGCAAAGCUGUCCACUGCCUGCAGGGAAAAGCAAAGCCGAAUUGAGGCCUUCACACAGAAGCACAGCCCUCAGAUUGCCCACAAUAUACUUCAAGAGGAGGUUGCACGUGCUGAAGAACAGUCUGAGGAGUUGCUGGAGAGAUUCAUGGAGGGCCACGUGCCCCUAGAGGAAUUCAUGGAUUCCUUUCAAAGCCACAGGAAGACGUACCAUAUCCGUCGUGCUCAAGCCGAGAAACUCCAGGAGCUUAGUCGACCCGAGAGGAAACCGAAGAAACAGGAAGAGGAGUCAAAGAGGGAGGAGGAGCUUAAAGAGUCCCGCCCCAACGGCAUCAGCACACACGGCCCUCCCCGUAUAUUCCAGCUCCGAUACGGUCUGACCCCGGCCAUCCUGUUGCCCCUGUCCUCUUCUUCUGCUUCGGUCUUGCCUCUCCUGGACUCGCGAUCAGGCCAGCCUCAGGCCUCGGGGCCCGGGGUCCCUCAUUCCUGCCCCAGGCAGCCUGUCGGGCUGAGAGUUAUUGGACAGUUACCUGGCUGGCCUGUGAGACCGGUCCGAUUGCAGCAGCUGUAUAGACCCAAUCCUCAUCCGUCUGAACCGCCAUGCCGAUAACGGCCAGCACUGUGAAUUCGGCAUGAAAGCAAAGUCCGGGACCGUCGGCCGUGCCUGGAAUAUACAUAAAGACCACGUGAAGCCUUCAUUGAGUCAAUAUAAAGUAUUUGGACACUUUAGUCACACAAAAAUGUCUGAAUUUUAUUGCAUUAGAUACAACAUAUCAAACCAAGUGGCAUCUGCAAACAAAUGAUACUAGAGCUUUUCUUAGAACUAACUUCACCAAUCCAUUUUUGUGAUUCCUUUUAAGUCAUUCAACAACAUAAAUACAUUUUUUAAAUGUGGCUGAAGUGUCCAAAUAUUUUGGGGCCACAAAAUAAAAAUUAUGCUGCAAUGAAAUCAAAAAUCCAUAUACCCAAAAAGGGAGAAGAGCGGAAAGCCAUAGCAUAUUUGUUAUUGUUGCUUGUCAUUGUUGCUUGUUCGAUUAACUUCUUUAUGUUUUGUAUUCGUGUUGGUUUAGUCUGGACCUGCAGGUGUUUAGCUGCUGUUUGUAUGAGGGAAGUUGCUUGUUUCAUGAGAAAAAACACUGCAUUUUGACUGGAAGUUCUUUCGUCGCCGCUAUGAGGCUUGUGAAAUGGCACCUUUUUGUAAUGUCUAUGGUGUUCAAUAAAGUCUAAUCAUGGUGUUUA